CAUGGGUUAAAUUAGUUAUUUUAUACUCAUAAACAACAUUGAUUAAUUUCGUUUAAUUUUAGAAAAAUGUCUCUCACUCUGAUCGACAAAUUAUAUACACAGGCAAAAAAAGCCUCACAGGAAGAUGUUGGAAAAAUCACCUCAAAUCUGCUGGACAUUAUUCAUGUUCCAGAUAAAGCAGCUGAGAGCAUGGCUUUACUUAGACAGUUGUACUUUAUCCUCCAAGCAAAGGAUGCUGACACUAGCUUGCCAAAGCAGCUCAUCAUUAGGAUGAUCGACUCAGUCAUUGGUUCAGAGAAGGGUAGUAUCAAGGAAUGUCUACUGUGUCAGAGAAUUCUACAAGAUUUACUUCCCCUGAGCAGUGACUAUGAUUCUCAUACAGCAAAGAUGAUGGAGAAAAUACCAAGUAUUUUACACUUACAGAUGUAUAAGAAUGUAGGAUGUAUUUCAAAGUUAUUCAACAAUGCCAUCAGAUGGCUUCAAACACAAGAUUUGGAGUUUGAAGUUCAGCGUAAAGCAUUCUCAUUCCUGAUUGCUGUAUCUCUUCUUCAUUCUGAUCAGCUUAUUACAGGGAAAGUGAAGAGUGUAAAUGAAAAGCUUGGUAGUUGGUUGAUGGAUGCUAGUUUGUAUCAAGCUCCAAACCCGUACUCCUCAAACCCAUUCAGGAAAGACCAGAAAAAUAUGGUGACAGAAAUAGAUGGUGCCCCUAGUAACAACUUCUUUACAAUACUUAGCAUUGGUCAAUACUACACGGAUGACCAGUUGGCCAACAUAUUUUGUUAUUCUAUGCUAUAUCAAUGGAUUAAGCACAGCUAUGAUGCCCUGUCAAGCCAGGAAACAGAUGUGUUAGAGGAAGGGAUCCAGUCUGAGCUGGAAGUUAGUGGAGGAUUUGAGCCAUCUCAGCCAUGGUUGAUUGAUUCUAUGUCAAAUAAAAGUUCAAGGUCGACCACACCUACAAAACGUCCUGUAUCUAUGCCAGCUGCAGUUGGAUGGGUGUCUAGUCCGAAGACUAUAUCCGAGAAACAAGCUUUACAGAGGAUGUCUUCAGCUGGCCAGGUGAAACAAUCUUCAUGGGUACCAAGGGCUACAACUCCUUCCAGUCAGUCAUCAAGGGAGUCAACUCCGACAGGAUCAUUAAGUUCAUUGACAUCUGCUGGUCAGGCAGUAGGCCUUACCAGUCCAGAAAUAGAACAAAGGGAGAAAACAUUAACAGAUUCAUUAAGAUCAUCUACAUCAGAGUUAUCUGGUUCUGUUUCUCCAACAAAACCUCAAAGAUCACUCACACCAUCAUCAGUUUUGAGAGCUUUUUCACCAGCAUCUGUAUUGGAAGAGAACAGUUCUGGGCAAGAGAGAUCCAAUGUAAUAAAAAAAGUUUAUGAGUCAUUGGUUGGAAGAACAAUAGAUUAUUGUUUCCGAUUACUAGACCAGUGUGAUCGCAAACCAAAAGUUCCUACAGAUGCAGAGUUACAGAAUGCAUGUCUGUUGGAGACAGUUAAGUUACUGGACCUGAUAUGUAAGAUAGAUAAAGGACAGGUUCCAAAGACAUUCCGGGAGCUGAAGAGACUGGUUACCAUGACAACACAUGAUAAUAACAAUCCCAGGCUCCUUAUUGUCAUUCUACAUUUUCUUCUAAAUCACAGUAAAGCUGUGGCAUAUGAUCCUAGUGAAGAAUUAAAGGUGCUCUUUCAUCGUGUUCUAGCCCAUAAUCUAACCUCUGUCAGUGUGUGUUUUGACAUUGUCAUGUUUAUUCUGGAUAACCUCGAGACACUUACACAUGAACACAACAUUAUGGCAACCUAUUUUCCAAACAUGUUUAAGCUGUUAGCAUGGCAUCCUCACACAUUUGUGUCUGAUUUUGAUGACAUUGUACCAGCGAUGAUGUCACAAGUGACAUCACUGGAAGUCUUCCAUGCACUCAUUGACCUUCCAUGUAUGACUGUCUCCUUGGACAUUAUGGAAAAGACAAAACACAUGGAUUUUACAACAGUUGCUGCUGUCACUGAGCAGGAACCAACAAGAGCAAUGGAUGCAUUUAAGAACGCAAUGUUUCGUCCAAUGUUUAAUUUCUUUACUCGAGCAGAAGGAGGCCAUGGUGAUACUAUCAAUAGACUGGACCAGUUUCAUACAGGUAUACAGGAUAUGAUGGAACAUCCUAGAGUCCUAGUGUGUUACCAAGUUGUUCCAGUUCUUCUACGGUGUUGGUUUGAUGUUAUAUAUGAGGAAGGGGACCAGGAAUUUGUACAGGAAUUGGUUCCAGUUCUAAUAGAGAGGACAGGGUUAUUGUAUGGCAUUCCAGAGUACCAGAAUGAUGUAAAAAGGAUUAUAUCAGAGAAUAUUAUAUUACUGCUAAAGAAAUAUCCACAAGUUGUGUUUGAACAAAAGUCUGAGAUAAUUGAAUACCUAUCUAGUACAAGGAAUAUUGAUGGCAGGGAAAACUUCUUCUCUCAACUGGUAUGGGCAGUUGGCGAGUACACAUCUACGACCUAUAGUUCUAACUGUGGUGCUGAUACAGUGCGACAGAUGUAUGAGAUGCUUGAACUACUAACCUAUGAAGUGAUCAGUAUCACUGGGUCUGUACCAGCCUCACAAGCUCCGUAUACUGUCAAACUGGUGUCAACACUGAUGUCAGCUAUGUCAAAGUUAGCAAGUAGAUGCCAGGAUCUGAUUCCUCGUGCCAUAUUGUGUUUGACAAAGGUAGCUAAGCAACAUAAAGCAGAUGUUUUAGAGAAAGUGGAACGGGAAAUACUCCUGACAAGAGCUCAAGAACUUAUAAACUUGUUAAAACUUCCAAAUUUUGCAUCUAUAAUAUUAAAUCCACCUCAGGGAUUGGAAACCAGCAGGUGUCAUCGCGACCGAUCAUCUAUGUCAACUAUCUUACGUGCAACACAUAGAAUGGUAGCACCGACACUGUGAUUUCUACUAGAAACAGGCAAAUGAUGUCCCUACAACAAAUGAUGGAGAAUUAUAAAAAAAAAAACCUUGUCUGAAACAUGACACUGACUUAUCAUAAGACAAUCUGGAGAAUAAUUUUGUCAAUAAAUUUCAACAGCUCUUGCUAAAUAGACAGGUGAUUGUAUGGCCAGUUAUAUGUUAUUGGUACAUCAUUUACAAGAUCCUGUCAUACAUGUAGUUUAGAAUUACAUAUCUUAAUUUUAAGAACAAUUUGUCAAAAAAAAAAAAUAUCACAUACAUUUGAAAAUCAAGUUGCAAGGUUUUCUAAAAAAAAUUAAACCUGAUGAAAUUUGAAAAUCCGGUUUAUGAUUAAGGGCAUGUGCAAUUAAUAUAAGAUAUAAAUAUUAUGUAGUAUUUUAUAUACAAUAUUUAUGAAUUUACAUACAUGCAUUCAUGAAUAAAAUUACUGUUAGAAAAGUGA